UAACCCACAAAAACUCUGAGAAGCUUUUCCACAUUGAACUGAGAGAGAUGAAGAGUUGGGCUUUAGCUUUGCUUGUUCUUGUGUUUAUUCAGAAACAGGGGAAUUUCCUCCAAGUGGAAGCAGCCGAUGGGUUCGUUAAAACCAGUGGAAUGCAUUUCGUGUUGAAUGGGAUUCCGUACCAUGCAAAUGGGUUCAAUGCGUAUUGGUUAAUGUAUGUGGCCUCAGACCCAUCUCAGAGAAGCAAAAUCUCAUCUGCCUUUGCAGAAGCUGCAGGUCAUGGCCUUACGAUAGCCAGAACAUGGGCUUUCAGUGAUGGUGGAUACAGCCCUCUACAGUACUCUCCUGGCUCCUACAACGAACAGAUGUUCCAGGGGUUGGAUUUUGUAAUAUCAGAAGCAGGAAAAUAUGGGAUGAAGCUAGUGUUGAGCUUGGCAAACAAUUAUGAAAGCUUUGGAGGAAAGAAGCAGUAUGUGGACUGGGCAAGAGGUCAGGGGCAGUAUUUAACAUCUGAUGAUGAUUUCUUUAGGAACUCAGUGGCGAAGGGAUAUUACAAAAACCAUAUCAAGACUGUUCUUACAAGGCGUAACAGCAUCACUGGAGUUGUUUAUAAGGAUGAGCCAACGAUAAUGGCUUGGGAGCUUAUGAAUGAGCCUAGAUGCACUUCAGAUCCAUCAGGGAAGACGAUUCAGGCUUGGAUUACAGAGAUGGCCUCUUAUGUAAAAUCCGUUGAUGGAAAUCACUUACUAGAAGCAGGUUUGGAGGGGUUUUAUGGACAAACAUCACCUCAGAAGCAGCAAUACAAUCCAAAUUUUCAAGUGGGAACAGAUUUUAUUGCAAAUAAUCAGAUCCCUGGCAUUGAUUUUGCUACAGUUCACUCAUAUCCUGAUCAAUGGUUCUCUAGCUCAAGCGAUGACACCCAACUUUCAUUCUUGAAUGAAUGGCUCAACAAUCAUAUCCAAGAUGCACAGAACGUUCUUCGAAAACCGCUUCUCUUUACUGAGUUUGGGAAAUCAUCGAAAGAUUCCGGUUACAGCACAUACCAGAGGGACAUGCUGUUCAACACAGUCUACUCUGCAAUCUAUUCAUCAGCCAGGAGUGGAGGUGCAGCUGUUGGUGGCAUGUUCUGGCAACUUCUAACCGAAGGAAUGGACUCUUUCAGAGAUGGCUAUGAGAUAGUCCUCAGUGAGAGCCCCUCAACAGCCAAUGUGAUUGCUCAACAGUCCCACAAGCUUUACCUGCUUCGGAAGAUGUAUGCUAGGUUGAGAAACAUACAGAAGUGGAAGAGAGCCAGAGCCAUCAGAAGGGCUCAAUGGUGGAAUAGGAACAAGGGCAAGAAUACGGGAAAUUAACUAAAUAAAGAACAUGACACAAGUUGUCCUAAAAUGAAACUAGAGAUGUUUUUAAAUGAUUUAGUUAAGUUAAAGCUUCAUGUUUGUUAUGGAUUUGGUAAGUUUGCAAGGAGGUGAAUGCUCUCUUAGAGAUGAGUUUUGUUCAUCCAAGGGAGUGAGACAUAUAAGAUAACGUGAUUUUCAUAGAUACAUCUAUGUGUAAUUUAAAGGUAAUUCUUAUCUACUUGUGUUUUGAGCCCAGUCUACCAUGUACUUGGCUGUAACAUUGUCCUCACUACCAAAUGGACUACAAAUCAAUAAAGCAAAAGAGCCCUUUAUUUA